AGCCAAUGGAAGGCAGCCGGACGCAUUAUUGCCUAUCCGGAUGGAGGCCGUCUCCACCAUCCAAGGGAAGCGCAGCAAGGGGACAAGUGCGGGGUUCGCCUGCUCUUCUCUCUUCCCCUCCCCCUUCAACUCCUCCGCCCCCUCCCAUUCUUCCUCGGGAUUUUGAAGAAAUGAUCUCAUCCAUCAGCCUACUUGACAGUUCCCACCAGCUCAUUCACAAAUUAUACAGGAGAUGCUGGCCAAGCAACUCACAUUUCACACUGAGCAUGCAUUCAACUGCAAAAUCUGGGGGUAAAAGCAUGAGGGUGAAGAUGGCACAUCUCAAGCCCCAUGCAACUGACUUCAAGAGGACCCCCCAGGCCCACGAGGAAGACAAUGUGUUCUACAAAUUUGUUUAUAGGCUCCCUGAAAGCCUCAGCUGGCUGCUCCUGUCGCAAGAAAGGGCUAAGGAACCAGCAGCCCCAAAGAAGAAACAGCGGAAGGAAGGAGCUGUGGCUGGUAAUCGGUUUGGUGUGAUAUUGGAGUGGGAGGGUGUUGUUGUCGAAGAUGAUGACCCGGAUCUAGAGCCCCGGGUGUGGUAUGUCUUAUCACUCGAAGAGUCAAAGUCUUUCCCCCCGGAUGCAGUACUGAAGGAAAUUGAGGGAAUGAGAACUGAUCAGGCUAUCUCAAAAGUCUUAAAUUGGUCUGGUGAUCCAAAAGAAAUUAAAAGGUUGGCAGCACGUAAGGAGGCAGUCUAUCAAAAGCUCCGAGGUCGAUUCUACCAGCUGCGACCAGGUGUUCUCGAUUUCUUGAACACCCUUGUGGAAUUUGACAUCCCAAUAGCAAUUGCAACUUCUCGCCCACGGACGAGCCUGGAAGAAGAGAUCAAAGCUGUUGGUCUGCAAGGCUACUUUGAUGCUAUAGUGGCGGCGGAGGACUUCCGCUGCGGGAGACCUGAUGGUGAGAUGUUUGAGGUUGCAGCAAAGCAACUUGGUCUUGAGCCUGAUGUUUGUCUUGUGAUGGGCAACUCAAACUUGACAACAGAAUCUGCACACACUGCUGGGAUGAGAUGUGUUGCGGUUGCAAGCCGACACCCUGCCUAUGAACUUCAUGCAGCAAACCAUGUUGUGAGAUGGCUCGAUCAGCUCUCUGUUGUUGAUCUGCAGAAGCUUGCCAAUGGUGAGAUUCUUGGGUGCAGGGGCAGACGAUCUGACAUGGACAUGGAGAUUCUGAUCGAGGAGUGAUGUUUCUGCAGGCAUUGUCUACUAAUAUAUUGCCGUUCUUUAUAACUAUGUCGUAACCUCAGUACUGCAUUACAUUUUGUAACAGACCAAGUAGUAUCAUUAGAUCAGGAUAGCCUGGAUGAACUUCUUGGUUCUUGUAAUGUACAACUGAGUUUAGCAAGAUGCUUUAUUAACAGCGAAGAGUCGGAAGGUACGAAACUGUCCACCUUGUAACUCUCUUGCCUGUGUGGUACGGAGUAUCUAUAUUACUUCUUCUAUUUUGCA